AUGGUUUCUAGAGAGAAAUCUGAUGCUCGGUGUUGCGGCAUUGUAGGCUACAUUGGCACGGGAAACGUGGAGCCAGUGUUGAUGGAGGGGAUUGAAAUACUUCAGAAUAGGGGGUAUGAUAGUUGCGGCAUGACAACUAUAGGGGAGGAUGGGCAGCUGAUCACAACCAAAUUUGCAAGCAGAGGUUCAACAAGUGACUGCAUUCAGCUGCUGAAGAAAGAAGCCCCCACUCAUCACGGCGGACAUCAUAUAGGCAUUGCUCAUACACGCUGGGCGACACAUGGCGCGAAGACAGACACGAACGCGCACCCUCACAUGGACUGGAAAAAACGCAUAUCUUUGGUGCACAAUGGAACCAUCGAUAAUUUUGCACAGUUGAAGAAAGAUCUAUUAGCCAAGGGUUGUGUAUUUAUGACCGAAACAGAUUCAGAAGUUAUUGCAAACCUCAUUGGAUACAAACUUGAUCUCGGGCUAUCAUUUGAAGAUGCUGUAACAGAGAGUGUUUCGCAGCUUCAGGGCACCUGGGGCCUCUGUGUGAUCCACAAAGAUUACCCAGACCGUAUCGUGCUCGCUCGCAAUGGUUCACCAUUACUUGUUGGUAGCAGUGACGGGCAGGUAUUUAUAGCAUCCGAGCCAGCAGCCCUUGCUAGACAUACUAGCCAGUAUCUUAUGCUUCAGGAUGGAGAGAUAGCGAUUGUAACAAGCAAAGGGAUUGAUCAGCUCUUGGAAUCACGUGAUAUGCACCGCAUUGCAGCCGAAACAGUUGAAACAUCACCAGAUCCAUUCCCUCAUUGGACUCUUAAAGAAAUAUUUGAACAGCCACAGAGCCUAGCUAGGGCUCUGAACUAUGGGGGCCGCAUCAUGGCUCAUGGGGAAACAUUAGAUACUAUACGAGCAUGCCAGAUAGCUGAUGAACAUGCAGUGAGGAAAUUUUCUAUCGUUAACUCAGUAGGCUCUCUCCUCGCUCGCAUGACCUCCUGUGGUGUUUAUCUGAAUGCCGGCAGAGAAGUUGCUGUCGCCUCAACCAAAGCCUUUACUUCUCAAGUGACGGUGCUUGCCCUGGUGUCUAGCUGGUUCUGGCAGAACCUGAGGAGCGAAGAGUAUCCGGAUCGCUGCAACGCUUUAUUAGAUGCUCUUCAUCGUCUUCCUGUGUAUGCCGGUGCACUGAAAAUUAAGGAAAUUUCAUAUAUCCAUGCAGAAGGGUUUGCUGGGGGAGCGUUGAAACAUGGCCCUUUUGCUUUGAUCGACGACAAAGCACACACCCCUGUAAUCAUGAUUGUGCUUGGUGACCAGCACGCAGCACUAAUGCUGAACGCCGCGCAGCAGGUGAAGGCUAGAGGAGCCUAUCUAAUCUGUGUAACGGACUACCCGGAGCUUGUACAAGAUGUAGCAGAUGAUUACAUUGUUAUUCCAAGCAAUGGACCUCUCACAGCACUGCUCGCGGCGAUCCCUCUACAGCUCUUGGCUUACGAGCUCUCCGUUGCUAGGGGAAUAAAUCCUGACAAGCCAAGGGGCCUCGCAAAAACAGUUACAGUCAGUUAG